AUGAUUUUAGAAGGAACUGGCAGAAUGAGUCUUAAUACCGUCACAAGUCUUCUUCAUGAACAGUCGACCUGGGCAGAGGGAUAUCCCACAUGUCAUGCAUCAAGCAGUUUCUUUGGAACACAGUGGCAUGAAAUCCAUCCUCAGUAUUGGACAAAGUAUCAGGUCUGGGAAUGGCUCCAACAUCUUUUGGACACCAACCAGCUUGAUGCCAACUGUAUCCCAUUCCAGGAAUUUGACAUCAGUGGGGAUCAUCUGUGUAGCAUGACUUUGCAAGAUUUCACCCGGGCAGCUGGUUCUGCUGGACAACUUCUUUACAGCAACCUCCAUCAUCUAAAGUGGAAUGGUCAGUGCGGAACUGGAAGUGAAGUGUAUCCAUCACACAAUGUCAUUGUUAAAACAGAACAAACAGAUCCAUCUUUAAUUACAUCUUGGAAAGAAGACAAUUAUUUCUACGAGAGUGGAUAUGGUGGCACAGUAGAAUUAGUGGAUAGCAAAGCCUACUGUCGAGCACAGAUUUCUGCCAGCGCUGGCGGUCACCAACCUAUAGAGGAUUCUUCAGAAGGGAAGAAAAUUUCACAAGAUAACCCUCCAAAACCACACAAUAAGAAACACACUCCUCGGGGAACUCACUUGUGGGAGUUCAUCAGAGACAUUCUCCUUCAUCCAGAGAAGAAUCCUGGGUUGAUAAAAUGGGAGGAUCGGUCAGAAGGCAUCUUCCGAUUUUUAAAAUCAGAGGCAGUGGCUCAGCUAUGGGGAAAGAAGAAGAACAACAGUAGCAUGACUUAUGAGAAACUCAGCCGUGCCAUGAGAUACUAUUAUAAAAGAGAAAUUCUUGAGCGUGUAGAUGGCCGGAGACUGGUAUAUAAAUUUGGGAAGAAUGCCCGUGGCUGGAGAGAAAAUGAAAACUAAGUACAACUUUAAAAACAGCUGUAGAAAUCUUCACUGACCGGAAAUCCUAGCGGAUGUAAAUAUUCCAAAGACUGUUUUCUUCUAUUUAUGUACAAAAAUUGGGGCCUGCAGAAAUCUACGUCUAAUGGGAAGAAGGAACACUAUUGUUUGUUGAUGUUAUAAGUAUUUUAUUUGAAAUAUGUCCUUUUAUGGAGAGUAUGUACACAGUUUUCUGUGACCUAUGAUAAUACUGUAUGUAAAUGUAUAAGGAUGAGUUGCCUUUCUUGUAAAGAUUUUAAAGAAAAUGAAUUCCAAAAGAAAUGUGAUUUAGCUUAAUGCUGCGAGAGGCAUUUGCCAUAGUGGGAGCAAAUCACAGGGCAUUACUUUAUAUUUAGGUAUAUCACUGCAUUUUAGAGAACUAGGGGUUUAUAAUAUCUGUCUCAGAAUUAUAUGAGAUAGGUCUUUCCAUUCAAAAUAUAGAACUUUUUUCAAAGGCUGUCGAGUAGUAACGCACCAAUGGUUAAUUAAAUCAAAGGCUGUUGAGUUAUGGCUUCACUUUUUUUUCUUGGUUUUUUUCCAUCCCUUCUUUUAUACAAUAUAAUAUGGCCAUUUACAGUAGCCUGGAUCUUUUUGUAGUCCUCCAUUUAGAGUUGGGUUUAUCAGCUCGUUCCAUUCCCAAAUAAUUCUCUGUUGAAAUAAGUCCUAGAACAUUAGGAAUAGUGGAUGCUUUAUUUAUAGGCCUCAAUAACUUUAGCUGAACUUAACCAAACUUGAAUGCUUGUGACUCAUCAUGAAAUCUUAGGUGUCAGCAAUAUAAAGCUGCCUUUCCCAAACUGGAAUCACCCAGGUUUUUGGAACUAGAAACAACUAUGCAAACUGGACAUUCUUAAUUAAUUUGCCAUGUUGAAGAAUUCGUAAUAACUAGCAGCAAAUAUCCACAUUUCUGACAGAAGUGACUUACAAGGUCCCUUCCAACUCUGUUAAUACGUAACUGUAUCUUUAUCUGUAUCUGCACCAAACUGAACUGAAGAUUUUCUGCAUCCAAAGCAUUUGUUUAGUCGCCUACCUAGCGGAUAUGAACAUAGAUUUCUGCGAAGGGUCCUUAUUGCUCUGUGAGUUUGCUUGUUUUCUUGCAGAUGUUGCAUUAACUUAAUUAGGUAACUAGGCAUUCAUGAUGUUGCCUAGUUAGGGUAAUGAAAUAUCUGCAAAAACACAAGCAAACUCAGAGACCAACAAGGACCCCUCAUUUCAUCCCUGAACUACAAAUAUUCUCCUUUAUUGAUAUAUGUGUAUGUGAUAAUGAAACUGUUCUUUGAUAUUAAGAUUUUACAGUACAUGUCCCUCCAUUCAGAAAGCUAAUAAUCUAAGAUUCUGUUUCAGUCUUUCUUCUCUUUCUCCCAAAUGCCUAGUUUUUAUUUUCUGGGUUGGUGUGGCAUAUUCAGUCAUGUAAGUUCCUUCAUAUAAGAAAAUGAUUCAGUACAAGCAUCUUCCAGCCCAAGAGCUACAAUUAAAAAUGGCUACUUUGGGCAAAUUAAAUUUUACCUGUUAGACUUAAAUCCAAACUUGUCUGAAACUUAAAGUUUCUGUGUUCUCAAAAAUGCCAGUUGAGUGUUUUUUCAUAAAUAUAUAAAAAUAACUUGUGGAAUAGAGCCUAUGCUUUUUGUUACAGUAAGAGUUGGUAACUGCGCCUCCAACAUUUGAUGAAAAAUAUUCCUAAACAAGGCAGCUAAAAAACACCUUUGCAGCCACAAUUCCUGCCACAACUUUUAGCUAUCAUACAUCCAUUAUAGCUAUGUGAUAUUUGAACUUUGCUUAAGGUGACUGGGGGCAGUUAAUCUUAUUUACAGAAGAAACUGGUAACCAGGACAGCAGGUUUCAAAGUAAAUCCUUUCUGUUGACUGAAUAUUUACUGACUCACUGGAUGAGAUUUUUCUUCAGUUUUUCCCUGUUCUUUAUUUUUAAAUCAAUGAGUCUCCAUAAUCCAAUGACCUUUGUGUGCAGAAAUAUCACAUCUAAUGUGUUGGAUAUGAUACUGCCUUGUGCUAUUGAGUCAAAUCAGUGUUAUUGUAGAUUAUCCAUAAGGAUAUAUCUACUUUUUUCACAGUGCAAUCUAUACUCAUAAAUAAGUUCUGUUGUCUUAUGUCUAAGAAUCUGGGUGCAAAAUUAUAGUCAAAUUAAAAAGAAUCAUGGCAUUAUUCUUCAACAAUAUGAGAAUUAAAACUCAUCUCAGCUGCACACAAAGUGAAGAAUACAAACAGCAGUGUAAAUGCAGACUUCUCCAAGUUGUUGGCCUUCAGUGCGUCCAU